UUCAAUUUAUGCAAAAACCCUGGUCACCCCUCCCUAACUCCUAAAACCCAAGUUCUUUUGUUUUUUUCAGAACGAAUUACCCAUGACAAUGGCGUUAAUCGAGCUUCUCCUCUCUCAAGGACGUCGUCACUGCUCUAGAAACGCCCCAUUUCCCCUAUCUCCCGCUAUCCGCCUUCAUUUUCAAAGAUUUCUCUCUUCUGCAACCGAAUCACCUCCUACCGUCAAUCUAAUUCCAAAACCAGACGAUAGAAAGCCAGCGAUCCAAAUACAACCAGUUUCCUACAAACCUAAAGAUCCUCAUGAGACCGUAUCCAAUGAUUCCUCUAAAACUGUUCCGCAUCCCAUUUCAUACAAUACCAAAAUUCCGGCUGACCCUAAUGCUCCCGAGGGCCCGAUUAACCCGGACAGUCAAACAUGGACACGAGAGGAUCUUCGGUACAUGAAGGAUGUGCCGACAAUAUCUUCGGUUUCGUACCCGACUCGCGUGGCCCCUUUGCCUGAAGACCGGGUUAUGACAGAGGGCGAGGGUAAUCAUCAGGAAGAGAGAAAGGAGAGAGGCGAUGAGGAGCUGGAGAGAGAGAGCAGGAGAAUCCAGUUCGAGAAACGGCUCGCGGCUACUAAUAUGAUGGAGUCACAAAUGGUUCCUUUUCCGACCUUAAUUAAGGUGGAGAAUGAAAUGGCCAAAGUGAAAACCGUUUUUGAUCUCAAGGAGGCAAUUCGCCUCGUAAAGUCAAAUGCAAGGACAACAUUUGAUGAGACUUUGGAAGCACAUGUAAAAUUGACUCCAGAGAUGCGUCGAAGCGACCUGAAACUUGAUGGUGCUGCACGACUUCCUCAUGGUUGGGGAAAGAAAUUCAGAGUUGCUGUCUUUGCUGAAGGAGCGGAUGCAGAUGAAGCCCGAGCAGCAGGAGCUGAUGUUGUUGGUGGUUUGGAGCUUAUACAGAAUAUAAAAAAUGGCAGUGUGAAGAUCGAUUUUGACAAGUGUUUGUCCACUCAUUCAAUGAUGCCAAAUUUGAGACAGAUUGCAAAGUAUUUGAGGCAGUUGAUGCCAGACACUAAAAAAGGUACUGUGACAAAAGAUGUUUCAAAUGCAGUGAAGGAAGCAAGGGAUCAAGGCGUUCUUUUCAAAAAAGACAAAACAGCCAUUGUCCAUGUUGGCCUUGGGAAGAUGAGUUUUCCAGAAGAUGCUCUCUGUGAAAAUGUUGGUGCAUUUGUGAAUUCCCUUUUGCUUGCGAAACCUGCUGGCUUGAAAAAGAGUUCAAAAUAUGCGGGUUAUGUGAAUACGUUUCAUAUAUGCAGCACUAUGGGUCCCGCAUUUCAGGUUUCAAUACAAUCAUUAUCCAUAGCGGCAGAUCGUUUCACAAGAAGUCACAUGCAAUGAUCCUGCUGUGUAUUUACUUUGAAAUGUUGCAUUUCGUGUGUCUCAAUUCCCUGUAGCUCAUUUGAUUCCGAGUACAAAAAUGAUAUUUGUUUUAUAUUCGAGGAGGACUCAGGAGGAGGAUGGUAUGAUUUUAUUGAAAUGUCAGACUCGUGUUCUCCGGUUUCUAGAUGUCAUUUCUCAAUUGUCCAAAUUACUGUAAAUGUGGUCAUUCGAGAGGUGAAAGUACAAUGUGGGUGAGAAGUACAUUCCACCCCUUGAAGGACCAUAUUUACAACAAUUUGGACAAUUAAGGAGUGACAUUUACAAUCUCAGAAAUAUGGGGUUGACAUUUCAAUAUGGUGACUAUUUAAGGGACUAAAAGUGCGAUUUUCCCUCGUAUUAAUUAAAAAAGCAAGUAUCUUUUGUUGAGUAAAGUGUGCCACCGUUGUUAUUAUGCCGGAUUAAAGAGGCUAUGUGCGUUCCUUCGAGAGAGAGCAUCGGAAGAUGGUCAUGAGUCAUGACACUCGCCGAUGAGGAAGUGACGGCGGUGCAAUUGCUCAUCCUCGAGGCGGCAGCGUAGCGGCGGUGCAACGACGCUCAGCCUUGAUGGCAGUCCAUCGAAACCAUGCUCUCUGUUCACAGAAACUUCUGCGCCUAUUCCCUUUGAUAUUUUUGUGCGCACUUCAGGAUUGAUUAUUCAUUAAGAGAACAUCUCUUCAUCUAAUACUUUGAAAGAAAGCGGUGGCGGACCUUGUAAGUUGCAGGUUCUUUUGGUUGGUUUUGGUGCCUCACCCUCCUGUUUUUGGGUGUUGGCCGUGGAUUUUUUUUUGCUGCUUGGUUGAGGUUAUCCUUGUUGGAUAACCUUGCAUUUUUGUCCCCUUUUUACUUGUACAUUCUUCCCCCC